AAAAAUAGGUCUGUAUUUCAUCCCGACACAUUAUUUAACGUUAGUUCUUUGUAAACAGAAGAAAAACUCUACUCUGGUUUCGCAGAUGACCCGGAAGUACUCGCUUUAUUAUGCUAACGAUGUGUCAUCGACACAUCUGAAUUAGGGUGGAAACUGCAGACGUUGGAGAGAAAUACGAGUAUAGGACUGUUGUUAACAUUUCUUUAGGGGGCAGUUUAAGACAACUGGACGGUUAGCUAGCAGGCUAACUGGCUGACUCCCUGUCUCUCUACUGGGCGGAACGGGGAAGAGAUGUCCUGCAGCUUAUUGGAGUUCUGUCGGCUCCAAGAGCUUAAAACGGUCAGAGACUUCCUGUUCCUGAGCCAGAAAAGCGAGUCGGCGGAGGAGAAGAACCAAGCAGCGGAAAAUGAGUUGUCUUGGGACUCUUCAGACUGGGAGGCGACAUGGGAUAGUGGAGAAAACAAAGAAGACGCAGCCUCCUCUGCCACAACGGUGGAGGAGGAGACCACAGGGCAGAGGGCCCCUUGGCUGCAGGACUGUGUAGUGUCCCUGUCGCCCUGCUCUGACCUGCUGGUAGUGGCCCGUGAACAGAAGGCUGUCUUUCUCUCAGCUAAGUGGCGAACGGACGACGGCGGCAGAGAGGAGAUGACCUUGGCUGUGUCUUGGACUGGAACGCUUGGCUCUGACGAAGGAGAGUGUGUGAGCAGCUCUAUCUGUAUACCGCUGGCAAGCCAGAAAAGGAGCUCAACAGGGCGGCCCGAUUGGACAUGUGUAGUUGUGGGUUUCACUUCUGGCCAUGUCCGUUUCUACACAGAGAGCGGGGUUCUCCUCCUGGCCCAGCUGCUGCACGAGGAUCCUGUGCUUAGGCUCAAGUGUCGCACAUACGAGAUCCCUCGUCAUCCCGGAGUAACGGAGCAGCAUGAAGAAUUAAGUAUCCUCUACCCGGCUGCUCUGGUCACUAUCGACGGCUUUAGCCUCUUUCAAUCUCUGCGCGCCUGCAGGAACCAGGUGGCAAGAGCCACAGCAGCAGGUAGCGAUGUAAUCCAACCUCCGCCCUUGGCCUAUAAGAAGUGGGCUCUGCAGGACAUGGACACCAUUGUGGACCACAGUAGUGUGGGCGUCAUGACGCUGUGUGUGUUCGACCAGAUGAAGAAUGCAUCCAUCCUCGGGGGGUUUAAUGCCUCCGUCAAGGGCAGCCCCCCCGCCAUGAGCCAGUAUGUCACUGUAGGAGGUGGGCCGUACACGGGCUUUUACUAUGCUGUAGAGGGAAGCUCACAGCCUCUUCUCUCUCACGUGGCUCUCGCUGUGGCCAGUAAACUUACCUCAGCCCUCUUCAGUGCUGCCAGUGGAUGGCUAGGUUGGAACAGGCACAAGAAUGAAGAAGAGGCUGUUCAGAAACAGAAGCCCAAGGUGGAGCCUGCCACGCCUUUGGGGAUCAGAUUUGGUCUCCCGGACUCCCGUCGUCAUGGCGAGUCCGUCUGCCUGUCCCCGUGCAACACGCUCGCGGGAGUAACAGACGACUUUGGUCGAGUCACUCUGCUGGACUUGGCUAGGGGCAUUGCCAUCCGCAUGUGGAAAGGUUACCGAGAUGCUCAACUGGGUUGGCUGCAGGUUCCGGAGGAGCGUGGGGAUCGGGAGUUCUCCCCCUCUGCCUCCCUUCCCAGGCGCCAUGCGCUGUUCCUGGUCAUCUACGCACCUCGCAGGGGGAUCCUGGAGGUGUGGGGGAUGCAGCAGGGGCCUCGGGUUGGAGCCUUCACUGUGGGCAAACACUGCAGGUUGCUGUAUGCUGGCUACCGUCUGAUGGGGGUCAACAGUGUGACCAGUAAGGGCUGGCAGCUCCACACCCAGCAGGUGUGCCUACUGGAUACCACCACAGGAGCACUGAGGACUGUGAACAUCCCCUUCCAUCUGGCCCUCAGUGACAAGAAAAGCGAGCGAGCUAAGGACAUGCACCUGAUAAAACGACUGACCACCAUACUGAGGAGCAGAGAGGUGGAGCCUGACAUUCUGGAGAGGGAAGCCAAAAGUGUGUUGCUGGAUAUCAAGCACCCCGCCAUUAAGAAGCAGGCGUUGGAGUCUCUGCUGUCAAACAAAAAUGCUCCUGUCUCGUGUCUUAUUAACGUUACAUCCGCCUUAAGUGACACUCUGAAGCAACAAGAGCCGGAGGAAGUGGAUGCAGCCUUACUCCAGCUUUGCUCCUCACAGCUGAAAUUGCUUCAGCUCUACACCGACAUUCAGGAGCUGCACUCCGGUGCAGACAGGGAGGCCUGCGCUGAAAACCAGGACUCCCUCAAAGGCAUAGAAGAUGAACUGUCUCGGGUUGGUCCCGCCUUGCAGCGCUACGCCCAUCUCACCGCGAGACCCAGUGUGUCCUUUGCCCAGGACUCACCGGACUCCCCCAUGGCGGCACAGGCCUUUAUCUCCCAGAUGGAGUGCACAGAGGAUGAGGGGCUGAGGGUCAACCGCGGCUCUGAAGCCCAAUGGAAUCAUCUAGGAAACUUCCUGUUUUGGGGUUGUCUGUGUGGAAAGAGCCCACCACAGAAAGUCUGUGACACGCUGCAGCAGGCCGGCAUCAGUCCACAGCAGCUGCUGUCUCUGUUGCUGAGUGUGUGGCUGCAGAGAGAGAAGGAGGUGCUACAGAAACCAGAGGAGGCCGUUAGAAAUCUCCACACGCUGCUCAUCGGCAUCAGCGACAUGAAAGGAGCAGUGGAGGAGUCGUGGGACCUCCAGUCCAUCUCUCCCUGGUGGCAGCAAGUGCGCUGUACAUGCAUCCAGUCCCACAAUGCUGCUGCCGCUCUGCUGGCCGCCUUCGUUGCUCACCGUGCUGCCAAGGCGAGCAUCACAAGCCGGGGUGACAGCAAGUUUCAGUCAGAGUGGGAGGCGGUGUCCCUCGAGCUGGAGCAGUGGGUGGUGUGUGUUCACCAGCUGGAGGACGUGCUGGUGCUGCAGACUCUGCUUUUGAUGCCUCCUCCUCAGGGAGCAGCAGGGGGCGCUGCAGCACAGUGCUCCAUCAAAACGCUGCUAGAGGGAGGCACAGGAGGUAUUGCCGACAGCGUCUCCAAGUGGGUGUUCAGACACGAUCUGGCCCCUGAGCGACUGAAGGACAUUCUCCAAAUGAAAGGAGAGCAAGAGGCAGAUGAACGAUCCGAGCAAAGGGCUGGAGAGGAAGGAAAGGAGGAGAAGAAGGAGGCAGACAGGACAGCAGAGCUGUUGGUGGCAGUGUGCCAGAGGUUCCCGCACUCGCUCUCACCCGACCUGCUCUUUGCCCACUGCUGCUGGGAAUAUGUAGUACAGUGGAACAAAGACCCUGAGGAGGACCGAUACUUCUGGUUGGCUGUUGAACAUUUGAAGUUAGUCUCCAGUCCACAUAUCCAACUAGGUAUUUCUGCGAUGAUGUGGAGUACGUUCAUUGUCAAGCGUUUCUCAGCAGCAGCCUUCCUAAUGGAGAAGGUGGGGAAGGCACCCAAAGAUCGUUUAUUUCGACGGGAUGUCGGGAUGGGAGACAAAGCCGUGACAUCGUUCCUGGGCUGCUGUGUCCAGCUGCUGCAGAUCCUCAUGGAGGCGGACUCCGCCGUGGAGGAGGUUCCCCCCCCCGAGCUGUCCGCGGAGGAGGCGUGGUGCGGGGCCGAGGGCCCUGCGUCCCUAGCCGAACUGGCCCUGGAGCAGAGAGGGGUCCACUACCCUCUGGUGCAACACCACUGCCUGUUAGCUUCGCUGCUACAUGCUGGGAUGACCUUCAGUCUGAAGGUCAAACCGCUCAGCCUGUUUGACAGCAAGGGUAAGAACGCCUUCUUCAGAGAUCUGACGACCAUCCAGUUGAUGCCCAGCGGAGACAUGGACCCCGGCCUGGUCUCAUUACGUCAAGAGUUCCUCCUCCGGGUGCUGACCGCCUGGGUUCAGGCCAUAGAGGAUCCUUCCAGCUCGGCCCCAGGCACAAAGUCCGCCCCCCUGCCUUCUCAAGGACCCACAGCUGACUGGUGGCCCUCGUUGUGUCUGGAGCUGGGCUCCCUGAUGCAGGUCAAUCCCGACAUCUUGAGGCGGCACCUCGUAUGUGAGCUCUACAACCAGGGCCUGGACCUCCGGGCAGAACUGGUGAUGUUAGAGGUGGAAGAUAAGGACGUGCUGGGCUCCCAGCUGCUGGUGCUGACUGGCCAGAGGCUGAGUUACUCGCUGCUCCACAGCCAGAGCCAGACGCAAGCUGCCAUGGAGCUGCUGGCCCGCCUGCCCCCCACCCUCUGCACGUGGCUCAAAGCUAUGGACCCGGGUGAGCUGCGGUCUCCUCUGAUCCCCCUGUCCCAGACCAGCAGGCUGGUCGGCCGGCUCGUUGAAAUCCUGCCGGAGAACCACGCCCAGUACAGCCUGGCCCUGCACCUUCUGGAGGCUGUGGAUGCCCUCACCACUGAGGACUGACCCAAGAGGGGUCACUGGGGGGGAUGUGGGCCUCCUUUGGAGUGGCCACGGCAGGCUGGUGGAGUGAGGAAUGAUGAGAAGGAAGAAACAAAGAAAUGAAAACCUGUGCUGGACCGAUAGAGACCGAAGUGUGCCAACUGUGGAUACAGCUCCCCCCCCCAUCACCCCCCACCAUCACUAACUAGCUGAUCACAACAAGGUCGGUUUCACUUCCGGAGUGUGCGUGUGAGGGGCAGUCUGCAAAGAGAGGCUUUUAACUUUUUUAUCCAUAUUUUGGUGCAUGUAACAUAAAUGAUAUAGAAUAUUUGUGUUAUUGAAGAGUAUUGGAGUAUGCUCAUGAUGGUUAUUAAUGAAUGGGGCAUGUCUUUUCUCUGUCACUCCUCCAGCUUCAGAAGUCAGUGUUUUGGUGUCCUAAUUCUGUGCCAUAUCAAGUUGUUUCUUUCUGCUUUCUCUUUUACUUUCCCUCUCGCGCACAAGAGAUGUAUCAUAAAGAAAUAUGGAUCUUAUUUUUUAUUUAUAUAUGCAGAUAGUUCUGUUCUAGCUGUGCCUCUGAUUCUGUAGUCCGAUGUUCAGCUGUCCCCACUGCGCUGAUCCAUGGCCGAAUAAAAUAUUUCUCAAAAGCAA